ACGUUAGUGCACUGCUACAUAAGCGGCAACUCGGCAACUUAGCAACUUCGUUUCGCGUCAGUGGAACGAAAAUGAUAAGAAGUUGCUCGGUUAUUGGCUGGAACUAGCAACCAAAUCAAAAUUUUUUGAUUUGGUUGCCAAGUUGCCAGUUGCUGGUUGCUAGUUGCUGCUUAUGUAGCAGUCGACUUAGACUUUAUUUUUCAAGUUCGAGCACUCAUCCAGUAUUUUACAAAAUGUUUCCACGUGUUUCUCUCUCUUCCCUUUCACACUACCGGUAGAUUUAUGCGAAUCGCGAAUGAUAAGAAUGCUGACUUGAACAAAGUUUGAUUAAUACUUAAUUGAAAAUUUUCAAUUGAUGAGUGAUUAAUUGAUAUUGUAAUUAUUGACAUAAUGCCGAAAAGAAAGCUAGAAGAUUGUGAUGAAGAUUCCGAAGAAGUGAACCCCAUUUUUACUAAUCUAACAGAAAAAGAUGUGUUCAUCUCCGAAUACAUCGAUGCAUCUUGUUCGUUUCGUGGUAUCAUAAAACAACGAUUUUCCGAUUUCCAAGUCAAUGAAAUAGAUCUUGAUGGUAAGAUUGUAGAAUUAACCAGCGUAGAUUUCAAGAAAAACAAUAAGACCGAUGAGAAUAAUGAGGAAGAAAAAGAUCCUGAUGUUGUGGAUGAGGAGUUGGAUAUUGAUGUCGCUCCGGUGAAAGAAUUGACUUAUCCUAUCACCUCCGAUGAUCAGUGGAGACAGUUAACACUGUUAUUGAAGAGAGGAAGGAAGGAUGAAACCAUCAAAAUUGAAGUUACAGAUGUUGAUAAAGAGGGUCGAACUAAAAUACAUUGCGAUAUAAAAACCAAGUAUAAAAAUAAAUUACUCACUUCUACCGUGUCUGAGAAAGAUGACAAAAAAUACAUAUUGAUUGGUGUCCAUUCAACUGAUAAAAGAAACAACUGUCAGAGAUGGCCUAAUGAUUUACCUCAGUAUUUAUACGCGGUAGCAUUCAAAGAAAAUAUCGAUACGAUGUCUGUUGCCCAAAAGAUCACUAAAAAAUUAAGAAUAAAUCCAAAAUUAAUUACCUAUGCAGGGACUAAAGAUCGUCGCGGUGUCACUUCGCAAUGGAUAAGUGUAUGUCGCGUUGAAGCGCACAGAUUAGCGUCAUUAUCUUACCAGGAUAAAUUAUGCUUUGGUAACUUCGAGUAUAGAAAGGAACCUCUACAGUUGGGUGAUCUCCAAGGAAACAGAUUCCGAUUAGCUUUACGCAACGUUGAAUCAUCUUCGGAAGAUAUCGAAAAAACCAUGAAAAUUUUCGAAAAAACUGGAUUCAUAAAUUAUUUUGGCUUGCAGCGUUUCGGUUCCUAUUCUACAGCUCCUACUUACGAAAUAGGAAAAUAUUUACUCACCAGACAAUGGAAAGAAGCAGUGAAUUCAAUAUUGAGAACUCGUCCGAAAAAUGACGAAAUAAAUGACGCUUGUAAAAUCUGGACUGAAACUUGUAACGCAACCGAAGCAUUGAAAGCAUUAAGAAAAAAUCGCGACCAUUCUAUUGAAGGCAGUAUUCUACAAACUCUUUCUACUCAAGGCAACACAGCUUUUAUGAAUGCCUUGCAAAGGUUACCCAGAAACAUGAGGUUAUUGUACUUGCAUUCGUUUCAAAGUUUAAUUUGGAAUCAGAUAGUUUCUAAAAGAAUUAGAGAAUUUGGUUUGAAACCAUUAGUCGGAGAUUUAGUUUACGAUACGAAAAAUGAUAUGAAAGGUGAAUUUUUCUCCAAUAUAUGUACUACUAAUCACGGUUUGAUUUUCAAUUCGAAUAAUUUUAUGUAUUCUUUUUCAGAUGAAAAUUCUAAAAAAUCCGUGAAAGUAGUAACUACUGAUAUAUUGAAUGAUGUGAAAAUUGAAGAUAUCGUUUAUCCUUUACCUGGAUCAGCUAUUACAUACCCCGAUAAUAUUAUUGGUGAAUGGUAUAGAGAAAUUUUUAAAGAACAAGACAUAGAUUUCGAUCAGUCUGGUGACGGUUACAAAGCUUUUAGUUUAUCUGGAGAUUAUCGAAAAAUGAUAGUGAUUGCUAAAAAUGUGCAAUGGAAGAGCGUUUAUUACAACAAUAUUAACGCUGAUUUGAUUGCUACUGAUUAUCAGAGAAUGAAGCAAUCAGACUCGAUAGAAAAUUUAGAUGCUGGAAAUUUUAAAGCUGUGAUAUUAGAAUUUUCAUUGCCUUCGUCGACUUAUGCUACAAUGGCGUUACGAGAGAUCACCAAAAUGGAUACCUCGGCCAGUUUUCAAGCAUCUUUAACAUUAACUCAUUUCAAAGAGAAAAAUUCGAAACAUGAUUUGAAAGAUGAGUCGAUGUCCUAAAUAAAACAUUGUGUUUAUGAUACAAUUAUAAAUUUUUAUACGUUUUUCAAGUGUUGGAAACACGGUUGAAUAAAGUUUAUUUUAUUUUGUGUAAA